CCCCGGCCGAAGCCCCACGUGAUUUUAAACUGGUAAAAGUCUCUGACACUGAGAUAGAGCUGGAGUGGAAAGCACCAUCUAGUAACUUGCUGAAUGGAAAACUGGAAGGUUUUGAAGUUGGAUAUGGGACUGCGUCUCAGGGCAUGAGGAGUUUAAGCAUUGAAGACCCUCAGAGGACUAAAACAUUGCUGCAGGGACUGAAACCAUUCACAUUGUAUAUGGUAUCUGUGAAAGCCAAGAAUAAGGCAGGUGUUGGCCCUGAGGUGGUCAUGGAAGUCAGAACUGAUGAAGGACUGCCUCUAAAGCCCAGAAUUACCCACAUCAGUAACCACAAGUCAACCUCAUUCUAUGUGAAUUGGGAACCUCCCAGAGAAAUCAAUGGGAGAUUGAUCAAGUAUGAACUGCAGUGGAUCAGCAAUGGAGACAUCAAGUCCAGAUAUAUUGCUGGUCAUCUCAUUGACACCAUGACAGCCUUCAUCUCUGAUUUAACCCCUUACACAGAACAUUUAUGUGUGAUUCUGACCUGCUGUAUGAUGAUGAUGAAUCAGGUCCUGUGCAAUACUUGUCUGGAAAUAGAGUAUCUCAUUAAGGGCUUUGACCAUCGUGGCCGUGUGAUAGAAGUGACAGUCAGAGGUCAGGUCACACAGCACACGCUGAAAAAUCUGGCCUCCAACUCCCGCUACCAUCUCAAAGUGGCAGCGAUCACCAACGCCAUUUUCAGCACUGACAAGUGGGUUGGGGACUUCACUGAUACUGUGGUCAUCAGUCUUGGAGGUGAGCAUACUUCUUGCUUUAUUUUACCGUUUUUUUGCUUCUCCAGGUUUUACACAUGUAGGAAAUGUUACCAGGCUGCAUAUUUGUACUUGGCUGUGCCCAGCAAUGGUCAUUCCAUCCAGCAGACGGUUGUUCAGGUGGAGGAACCAAUAGGUGGGUCUUUAGACAAGCAGUACCCAGAUAUAGAUGCCCUAGACUUCAUUGAUCAUGUGAAACACAUGCACAUGGAUGGCGACAUUGGCUUCUCUCAAGAGUUCGAUGAAAUCAACAGAAUUUCAUUCAGUGACAAGCUUUUAUUUGAAAGUUCUAAUCUGCCAGACAACAGAAAUAAAAACAGAUAUAUCAACAUUGUAGCAUAUGAUCAUUCUCGAGUUAUUCUAAAGACAGAUCUUGGUCGUUUGCGUCAGUCGGACUAUAUCAACGCCAAUUAUGUUGAUGGCUAUAAAAAGCCAAAAGCUUACAUAGCCACUCAAGGCCCUCUGCCGCAGACAUUUGCAGACUUCUGGCGCAUGGUGUGGGAGCAGAACACAAAUGUCAUUGUCAUGAUCACCAAUCUUAUGGAGAAGGGACGGCGGAAAUGUGAUCAGUACUGGCCCAGUGAUGGUGCAGAAACGUAUGGCAACAUGAACGUUAAACUUGUCACCAUGGUCCACCGUGCCCAUUACACUGUGCAUGUUUUUACACUUCGAAAUGUGAAGGAGAAAAAGCGCUCAAUGAAAGGUUUGACAGAAAGAACAAUUUACCACUAUCACUAUACAGAGUGGCCUGAUCAUGGGGUUCCAGAUUAUGCCCUGCCAGUGUUAUCUUUUGUGCAGAAGUCAGCAGCUCAGAGUGGACCAGAGUCUGGUCCUAUCAUUGUCCACUGCAG